CCCCCGCAGCCAUGCCGCCGCGCAGACGCCCGGUGUCCGGUGCCGAGGGGGGCGCCCCCGCGGGAGCCCCCGCGCGCGGCGAUGCGGAGCGGCGCAUGGCGCGGUGCGCGCGGCCGCUGUCCGCGGCCUUCUACGGGCUCAGCUCCUGCCUCAUCGUGGUGCUCAACAAGAGCGUGCUCAGCACCUACCGGUUCCCCUCCUCUCUGUGCGUGGGGCUGGGCCAGAUGCUGGCCACGGUGGCGGUGCUCUGGGCGGGCAAGGCGCUGCGGGUGGUCAAGUUCCCAGACCUGGACAGGCACAUCCCCCGGCGGACGUUUCCUCUACCUCUCCUGUAUUUUGGGAACCAGAUCACAGGACUGUUCAGCACAAAGAAGCUCAACCUGCCCAUGUUCACCGUCCUGCGACGCUUCUCCAUCCUCUUCACGAUGUUUGCCGAAGGGUUCUUACUCAAGAAGAAGUUCUCCUGGGGUAUUCAGAUGACAGUAUUCGCCAUGAUCAUCGGCGCCUUCGUAGCUGCCAGUGCUGACUUGGCAUUUGAUCUGGAAGGAUAUAUUUUUAUCCUGAUUAAUGAUGCCUUAACAGCUGCAAACGGGGCCUAUGUGAAACAGAAGUUGGAUUCAAAGGAGCUGGGGAAAUACGGUCUGCUCUAUUACAAUGCACUGUUUAUGAUCCUGCCCACCUUGAUCAUUGCCUACUUCACUGGAGAUGCGCAGAAGGCAAUGGAGUACCAGGGCUGGGCAGACACGUUCUUCAUUGUGCAGUUUAUGCUGUCGUGUGUGAUGGGGUUUAUUUUGAUGUACUCCACGGUUCUUUGCACUCAGUAUAAUUCUGCUCUUACAACUACAAUAGUUGGCUGCAUUAAGAAUAUUUUAGUAACCUAUAUUGGGAUGUUUUUUGGAGGAGACUAUAUUUUUACAUGGAUGAACUUCAUUGGUCUAAAUAUCAGUAUUGCUGGAAGCCUGGUGUAUUCCUACAUCACUUUCACGGAGGAGCAAAAGAGCAAGGAGUCCGAAGCUGGCAGCAAGAUGGAUAUUAAAGGGAAAAGCUCUGUGUGACCAAGCAGAGGCUUUUUUUGGGAAGCAAUCUAUGUCUGUUCGGCUGAUCACGGGCAGAAUGUGGGAAGGAAUCCAGGCAUCUGCCACGGAGUAACAGUGAUGCUCUUAAUUUGCACAAUCUUGAUGGCUGCCUUUACAAAUCAUUGGGAAGAUAACUACACGGUGAAGAAGACAUCUGAUUCAGACUGAUCAUGAGGAAUUAAUGGGGUUUUAAUCACGCUGAUAUUUGGCAGAAGUGAUUGGCACAAGCAGCAUGUGUUUGAAUCAUGGAGGACUGUGUUGGCCCUGAGGGCUGUACCUCAGCAUCCUUGACCACAUCCCAUCUCAGUGCAGCCACCACCAGGGUGGAUGCUGGGUCUGCUGAUGGUGCUUUUAGGAGGCUUAGGGACAUUCCCAACAAGAAGGUUUUAUCUCCCACCAGUGUGCUUGGCAGGGCCACAGCCUCCCUCAACCCACCCCAGGAUCAAAACGCUUUGGAUUUGGGAAAGCUGCUGGCUGUGCUGGGGCAGGGACCCUCACAGGGUGCUUUGGAUCAGUGUGGAGCAGAUCCAGAAAAUCCACUGCUCCUGCCAUCCUCUUCCCACCCAGAAUAAUCUAGAAGAGGCCCAGAGA